AUGCCUCGCCUCCGCGUUCUCGCCGGACCAUCUCUCGAAGAGUUGUACCCAGUCUGUGCGAACUCCCAUACCCCUGUGCAUAUCAGUAGCGAGCUAUUCGAGGGCCAGGUUGCCGUGUUCAUCAAGGGCUUCGCAGACCAUUGCGGUAAGGUCAAUGAGAGCUCGUACUUCGAGGCUGAAGAGAGAAAGGGAAUUACAUGGAGCAUUCAGAUGCAGGGACGAUUUCUGCAGAGUUAUUCUGCAGACGACAUCUUGUUCGGCAACACCUUCGAUAGGCCGCUUAAGCUACCGUGGGGGUUCAGCGCAGCAGUGAAAUUCAUGCAGUUCCGAGAUCCGACGCUCGACCAGGACCUCGCGUCGAAAACUAAGCCGUGGGCAUUCUCGCCCCUCAUUGCGACCAUGCCGUAUCUCCGGCACCAACGGGUAGAAAGGGAAGGUCAACCACCACCAUUCCCCCCAGAACACCCUACCGGCGAAGACACGUCCGCGCUGUGUACUGCUGACGGGCGCAGCAGCGCCGCGCGGCCGAUGGAGAGCAAGAACAACGAAAAGCGGCGUACACAUUUCCGGAAUCGCGCGCAUAGGCAGGGCGUUAUAUUUGGGCCUGAUGAUCUUAUCACGGUAGACUUUUGCCACCGCCACCUGUACUUCAGUCCGAAGGGCAUAGACUUACGCAUUCCCGGCGGGAUCUCGAUAGACAUCAUGAAGUACUGGGACGGCCAGCCGGUACGGUUCGUGUGCUGUGAACGCGUUCGUGAUGGCCAGGGAGCGAACGGGAAACCUUGGGGGCGUGUAUUCUGGUGUGUUGUAAUCGAACGGGUCGAGGAAGAUGGCUCACUGGCGGAGCACUCUGAGGGCUUAACGGACGAUGCGGACGAUAGCAAGAAGCUGGAUUGA